CUAAAGGUGAAAGUUCAGCAGACAUGUUUCUCAAGCCUAUGCGGUAAACAACAUAAGAGUUCACGGUUUUAGUAGUCACUAUAGACUUGUAAUGUCCCUCUAACUGUAUAAUGUAAGGAAGUUUCGGUUUAUUUCAACGUUUGAUUUAAUCGGGUAUAUCCAAACAGAAGACGUGCAUGUUAUUAACCGAUAACCUUAAAUUUGUCUGCGUUUGAUAAGACCUGCUACAUAACCACUAUGACAGCUCUGUGAAAGCAGCUCCUGAAAGAGGUCAGGUUUAAGAGUGGUCUUUAUUCUUGCAUAGCAUGUCUUAGAUCCAAGCGAAUCGAUACAUCGGUUUUUAACAUGGCAGCGCUACUUCUGCAGCGUGGAAACACAUGUUAUAGCAAACGGUUUUGGUCGCUGUCGUCUCGUUUUAGCUGUUUUCAGAACAGUAGAAAGCUAAUAAAGAGCAAUGUGACGCCUUUAGUGAUUCCAAAGACACGAGGGCUAAACUCAGGACACUUUCAGGACAUUUUGACAAAGCCUUUAAUCCCAAGGCUUAUUGGACUUGAAUUCCAUUGUCGCCACAACUUGCUCACAACUCAAGCGAAACUUUGGAAACUUUUAGGCAGUACUCAUUACUUCAGCACAUCCAACAGAAAACAUGAAAACAAACAGGGUGGAAAAGGGAAGACCCCUGAGGAAGAGGAAGAAGAGAAAAAGAGACGAGAACAGGAGGAUCAGAUGUACAGGGAACGACUGCGCACACUCUUUAUUAUCGCUGUUAUCAUGAGCUUACUCAACUCUAUUAACACCAGUGGCGGUAACAUAUCCUGGAACGAUUUUGUGAAUGAAAUGUUGGCCAAAGGGGAGGUGUCGCGAGUACAGGUGGUCCCAGAGAGUGACAUUGUGGAGAUCUACCUUCACCCUGGAGCUGUCAUCUUCGGCAGACCGAGACUUGCCCUGAUGUAUCGAAUGCAGGUGGCCAACAUUGACAAGUUUGAGGAGAAGCUUAGAGCGGCGGAGGAAGAGCUGAAUAUAGAUGCCAAAGACAGAAUACCAGUGACCUACAAGCGCACAGGCUUCUUUGGGAAUGCCCUUUAUGCUCUUGGCAUGGCUGCCAUUGGGGUUGCAAUCCUCUGGUACAUCUUCCGAUUAGCAGGAAUGGGUGGGAGAGACGGAGGCUUUAGUGCCUUUAAUCAGUUGAAAAUGGCUAAAUUCACCAUUGUUGAUGGGAAGUCUGGGAAAGGUGUUAGCUUCAAAGAUGUGGCAGGAAUGCGCGAGGCCAAGAUGGAAGUCAAAGAGUUUGUGGAUUAUCUCAAGAAUCCAGACCGAUACCUUCAGCUUGGGGCGAAGGUUCCGAAAGGCUCUCUGCUUCUGGGACCUCCUGGCUGUGGGAAGACUCUGCUUGCUAAGGCUGUGGCAACGGAGGCUCAGGUGCCCUUUCUGGCUAUGGCAGGUUCAGAGUUUGUAGAGGUGAUUGGAGGCCUUGGAGCUGCAAGGGUGAGAAGUCUUUUUAAAGAGGCUCGUGCUCGAGCUCCUUGCAUUGUGUACAUCGAUGAGAUUGAUGCCGUGGGGAAGAAACGCUCCACAAACAUGUCUGGUUUCUCAAACACAGAGGAGGAGCAGACCCUAAACCAGCUACUUGUGGAGAUGGAUGGAAUGGGUACAACAGAUCAUGUUAUUGUCUUGGCUUCCACUAAUCGGGCAGAUAUUCUGGACAACGCGCUCAUGAGGCCAGGCAGGCUUGAUAGGCACAUAUUCAUAGACCUGCCAACACUUCAGGAGAGAAAGGAAAUCUUUGAGCAGCACCUGAAAAUCCUAAAGCUCACACAACCAGCAGACUUUUAUUCUCUGCGCCUGGCUGAGUUGACACCAGGCUUCAGUGGUGCUGACAUUGCCAACAUCUGUAAUGAAGCUGCCCUUCAUGCUGCCAGAGAGGGCUUCAAGUCCAUCGACACCUUCAGCUUUGAAUAUGCUGUGGAAAGAGUCAUUGCAGGGAGUGUGAAGAAGAGUAAAAUCUUAUCGAAGGAGGAGCAGAGGGUGGUAGCCUUCCAUGAAUCUGGUCAUGCUCUAGUUGGAUGGCUGCUAGAACACACAGAAGCUGUCAUGAAGGUAUCAAUAGCUCCCAGGACAAAUGCUGCUUUGGGCUUUGCUCAGAUCCUGCCGAGGGAUCAGUUUUUGUUCACUAAAGAGCAGCUGUUUGAGAGGAUGUGCAUGGCAUUGGGUGGACGAGCCUCUGAGGCCAUCACCUUCAAUAAGGUCACCACAGGUGCUCAGGACGACCUGCGGAAGGUGACCCGUGUAGCGUACUCCAUGGUGAAGCAGUAUGGGAUGGUUGACAGUGUGGGUCAGGUGUCAUUCCCUGACUCUGAGAAUCAGAGUGGCAUUGGACGAAGACCCUUCAGCCAAGGCCUCCAGCAGCAGAUGGACCUCGAAGCUAAGAUGCUAAUAGCAAAAGCCUACAGGCAUACAGAGAAACUGCUUUUGGACAACAGAGACAAACUUAUUUUGCUGGCCAAUGCUCUGCUAGAGAGAGAGGUGGUGAACUACAAUGACAUUGAGGCUCUACUGGGGCCUCCUCCAUUUGGCCCCAAAAGGAUGAUUGCUCCUCAGAGCUGGGUGGAGGCUGAACGAGACCUGCAGGACACAGGAGAAGAUGAGCCUCGCAGACCCCAGAGACCCUCCAAAGACAACAAAGAUGACGACAUCAACUUGAGCCCAGCCUGAGCUUCACAACACACACAAUGUCUGCAAUACCUACACGAAGAGAGAGUGACUGCCUCUGAGGAUGAGGCUGAUUCACAAAAUGUUGCUUUAAGGGAAAAAUAAAUAGUUUGUGUUGUUUUCACGCUUAUUGCUCCAGUCCAGUCUAACUGAAGUGUGCUUAGGCUGAUCAUUUUGACCAGUAAUUCUAUUUAAAAUGUCUGUAGGUCAUUUGAUUAUGAAACAAAAGCAUUUAACAAGCAUCGAUCAAGCAUUUGAGUAGUCCGUCUCUUAAAGAGUUGUUGAUUCCUCCUUUGAGAAUCGUACAAAAUCUGUUUUAAAAACAGUAGCUCUGCUGGUUUUUUUGCUAGACUGAAACAUUUGCAGAAGUAUGUCUGAAAUCUUGUGCUAUCAGUCAAUUUUCCUCACCAUAUGUAAUAAAUUAUUACAUUUGCUUUUACUGUG